AAUAUGAUGGGGUACAUACUUUUGAUCUUCCUAUCUACCUUCCUCUCGGUUUCCAUGACAUCUGAAACAUUUGAUGCAAUGGAAGGUGAGGCUUUAGUUAUAAAAUGUCCCCGAUGGAGUUCAUCUGUGAAAACCACCUGGUAUUACACGGAUACUAACAAAAUAAUUCCUGCAGAAGAGGAGGGAUCAAGAAUAUUUUCCUUAAAUCGAUUUCUUUGGUUUCUGCCAACUUCUAGAGAGGAUUCUGGAAACUACACUUGUGUUAUACUUUUUUCAAAUAAUCACACAAGGACAUUCAACAUGAGUGUGCAGGUGCAUCCAUACAAAAAAGGAGUGUGUUUCCCAAGUCAGAUUCGUUAUCCAAAUGACACUGGAAGAGGAAAAAUUGUUUGUCCUACAAUUGACAAUUAUAAGAAUGCCACUAUCAUCCAGUGGUAUAAGGACUGCAAACCUCUUCAGGGAGAGAGAUACAUCAAGGAAGAAAAAUAUAUUUUUAUUAACAAGCCAAGAAAGGAGGAUGAUGGUUAUUACACUUGUCAGUUUAUCUACACUCACAAAGGAAAUGUGUUUAAUGUAUCAGCAACAAGGAUUUUCAUAAGUAAGGCUAAAGAAAAACACUCACCUCUACAACCUCAAAUUUUAUUUCCAAAGAAUAAAGAUGUAAUAGAAGUGGAGCUUGGUACUGCUUUUUCUCUGACAUGUCAGGCCCUCCUGGGGAUUAGGAAACAGCCGUUGGCUCAUGUCAUGUGGGAUGUAGGCAACAUACCAGUGAAAGAGUUAGAUACAUCAAGAUUUCAUGAAAAAACCCGUUUUUUUGAAGGAUCUGCACAUGAAUAUUACAGAGAGACUACCUUGCAUAUUACUGAAAUAAAAAAGGAGGAUCUGCAGGCAAAUUUCACGUGUGUGGCACUGAAUGAAAUGAAGAACACAAAGGCCACGGUGAUGUUGAAGCUCAAAGCACAAUGUGAGGUGGGUUUUCCUAACGUCCUCUUGAUUGCAGGAGCUCUCAUUCUGCUAGUUGCAAUGGCAGUCUCUGUUAUACUUUAUCAGUCCUUCCGAGUUGAUAUCAUUCUAUUGUAUCGGGAGAUAUUUCAGCCCUAUUCAGUCAAGGAUGAUGGGAAGAUAUAUGAUGCAUAUGUUAUCUACCCCAAAAGCCGCACCAAUGAAGCUAAUUUUGUGGAAUAUUUUGUUUACCAAAUCAUGCCAGAUAUUCUUGAAAGUAAAUGUGGAUACAAACUGUGUAUUUUUGGGAGAGAUAUAUAUCCUGGAGAAGAUACAGCCAGUGCAAUUGAGAAGAGGAUGCAGAAGAGCAGGCGGCUGAUCAUCCUUCUAACACACCAUUUGAUUAAUUGCAAAGAACCUGCUUAUGAUCAACACAUCGCUUUAUACAAUGCCCUCAUUCAAAAUGAUACAAAGGUGAUCCUACUGGAAAUGGAGGCAAUUGGGACUUACGAGAAGCUGCAGGAAUCUCUUAGGUUUAUUAUUAAGAAGCAAGGUACCAUCAAAUGGAAAGAGCAGCACACUGUGCACCCACAGUCACUCAAUUCUAAGUUCUGGAAACAGGUGAGGUACCACAUGCCACUGAGGCUCAAGCCUCUGUCUUCAUCUAAUGCCAGGUGAAAAUCCUGUUCCACUGUCAGGAUGGACCACAUGCCUGCACCUCAUUUUCCAUUCAGUAGGUACACGAUUUACCAUCUGGAAGCCUGGUUACAUUUUUUAAUUUUUUCAGUCCUUCAGUUGAGUAACAAUGAAGUAAAGUGAUGGAGGAGGUCUGGGCAACUGAGGGAAGUUUUUACAAGUAUGGGAGUUCUGUAAAUAAAUAAUUCUGUGUAGAAUUUUGCAUGUCACAAGAAGCAAAAUGUGCCUAUACACUUUUGACAUGUAUUUGUACGUAGAACUGAAGGCUAUGAUUCUGAGUAGCUGAAUGCCCUGAAGGUUUGCUUUACCUUUUUAAUGCAGUUGACCAAACAUAAAUGUCUUCUGUCUUAUUUGACUCAAAACUAUAAUGUGUAUUAUGUGAAUAGAAAGUAGAGUGUUGUGCUUUUAAUUUUUUCUCCCCACCACUUACUUGUUUUUUAUUCAAUAGUAAUACUCAUAGCAUGAAAUUGUAUUUUUCCAU